AUGAAGAUGCCCAGUCUAGAACACCAGAGGAUGAAAGGCCACAUAGGGCAGACCCGAGGGGCCUUGCUGACAGCCAGCGUCAGCUGCCAAUCCUGUGACAGUGCGUGCGGUCCCCCGGCGUCCCUGAGCGCAUACGGCCCCCGCGCGCGGACCCCAGCGGGAGUUGGGGCUUGGGGGGCGGCGGCGGUGGGGCAGAGAACUGGGGUGCGCACUUGGGCCCCCCUGGCCAUGGCGGCGAAGGUGGACCUGAACACCUCCACCGACUGGAAGGAGGCAAAAUCCUUUCUGAAGGGCCUGAGUGACAAGCAGCGGGAGGAACAUUACUUCUGCCAGGACUUCAUCAGGCUGAAGAAGAUCCCGACCUGGAAGGAGACGGCGAAAGGGUUGACUGUGAAGGUGGAGGAGCCCAAGUACAAAAAGGACAAGCAUCUCAAUGAGAAGAUCUCCUUGUUCCGAGGUGACAUCACUAAGCUGGAGGUGGACGCCAUUGUCAAUGCUGCCAACAGCUCCCUGCUCGGAGGAGGCGGUGUGGACGGCUGCAUUCACCGGGCCGCCGGGCCCCUGCUCACCGACGAGUGCCGCACCCUGCAGAACUGCGAAACCGGCAAGGCCAAGAUCACCGGGGGCUAUCGGCUGCCGGCCAAGUAUGUCAUCCACACGGUGGGGCCCAUCGCCCACGGAGAGCCCAGCGCCAACCAGGCUGCUGAGCUCCGCAGCUGCUACCUGAGCAGCCUCGACCUGCUGCUGGAGCAUCGGCUCCNUUCCCAGGCGUUUCCCUGCAUCUCCACCGGCGUGUUCGGCUACCCCAACGAGGCGGCUGCCGAGGUAGUGCUGGCCGCGCUGCGAGAGUGGCUAGAGCAGCACAAGGACAAGGUGGACCGGCUGGUCAUCUGUGUGUUUCUGGAGAAGGACGAGAACAUCUACCUGCAGCGGCUGCCCCACUACUUCCCAGUGGACUCCCCGGGGCCUGCCGGACCUCGCUCCCAGCUCUGAGAGGUCGCUGAAGCCUGCAGCUGGGCCUGGGCCUGGGCAGCCCCUCCUUUCCCUCCGCCCCGACCCUCAGGAGCCUUCUAAUAAAGACCACCCUUGUUGCAGCUCC